UUUCACUAUCAAUUGUUACUGCGUUUAUUCUCGACUACUGUUACAAAGUUCGUUUUAACCUUUACGUUUUCAUAUAUUUGUUAAUCUUUAUUUUAGUGUUCAGCUUGCAAAUGUUCACCUCUUCGACGCUACAGGCAUUCUUGAUCUUGCUCUUCUUCACUUUAGCUACUGCCCUUGUGCUCCCGAUAUGCUGUGCCAAGAAACAAAAGAAACAGCCAAAGAGGGAGUUGAUGCUUGCCACUGAAAAGGAUAUCCAGACGCAGACGAAAAUGAAACAAACAACAUUGAAACUACCACCACCAUCACAAAAGGAGAAAAAAGGAAAGAAGGCGGAGGGCAAGAAGAAGGACAAAGGCAAGAAAGGUGAUGAGAAAAACGAAGUCGAACAAAAAAAACCUUUAGCUGGAUCUGCCCUUGGCGUUGAAGUGCCCCCAACAAUGGAAGCGGAGGAGAGUCGUGUCGAGAAAGCCAGCACUCCAGCAGCACAGAAGGAACCUCAAGCACCAAAAAGUGCCCAAACGCCCGAAGUGCAAAACAAUGUUAAAACUGCAAUCAAAUUGGAUGAUAAAGCAGUCGAGCGAUCUGCGAUGGCAACUUCAAAGACGGAAAAACAAACAACGCUCCCAGCAACUACAGAAAAGAAUGUAGAAAAAGCGCCGAAAAAGGUAGCCGAGGACAAAAAAGAAAAACCAAAAGAAGCCAUCGACAAGAAGGAGCCGAAGGUUUUACCAGAUGCAAAGGAGAAAAAACCAUCAGCAAAGGAUACCAAAAAACAACCUCCACCGCCGCCUCCUGCCAAGGAAAAAACUCUAAAGGAGAAGGCAAAGGCUUCAACACCUAAGAAAGGGGAAAAACAAGAAGGGCCUCCAACAACAGAUUCGCCUAGAGCAGAAGCAAAGAAGACUAGCUCCAAAGAGAAGGAUGAAGGAGGAAAGGUGAAGGAAUCCCCUGUCAGUAAAAAAGGCGAAGCAGUGGAUGAAGAAGGGAAAAAGGAAGAAGUCAGCGAAGUUGAUGUAUCGAAAGGAGAGGAUGAAGUUGGCACAAAGAAGGAAGAGGAAGGUGGGGGAGGUGAAAAGAAGGCCGAUGAAAGUGAUGCGGGGAAGGACGCUGUCGAAGACGCUGAAACCACUGCUCCAACAAAGGAAGAAUGAAAUUGAGGGUAUCGAGAUUGAUAAAAGAAUAUAAAGUAUAAAUAAAUAUAUA